UGGGAUGUCCGCAGCGGAUGGGAACGAUGCUCAACUCACCGGCAGCUUUUUUGCGGGAAGAGCAGCCUCUUCCCUGCCACCGAGGACUUUGUUGGACCUUGAUGAUGUGGAGAUGUGGGAGAGAUUGUAGGAGCUCUGAGGGAGGAGAGUGACUGCCUUCUGGCCACACAGCCUCAAAGGGUUAACAGGUUCCAGGGAGCCUGGUGGGACCAUUUCACACCCUCUGCCCAAUCCUGGGAAUCCCUUGGUGCUAAUGGAGCACUAACCAGAUCAAAGGCUCCCAUCAGGCCACCGACACCCCCCUGGCCCCGUCCUUGGGUCCCCAGCCCAGCUGCUCUUUGUCUGGGGCAGGACAGCAGAGCCAUGGGGCUUCUCCCCAGCUUCAGGGCCACCCUGGCCUGGGCUCUCCUCAGCCUGGUUCUGGGGAUGGAGCUAAGCUUGCAGGAAAGUUUACUCUUAAAAUCCUUGGGUUUGAGUGCCAAGCCCAGCCCAAAAAGCCCUAUUCCUGUGCCAUCUGUGCUCUGGCGGAUCUUCCAGCGGAGAAAGACGGUGCCUCCUACAAACAAAGACCUGGUAGAUGCCUGUAGGGUAGAGGAAUUUAAUGUCCCUGGGAACAUCAUCCGCGUCUUUGCUGACCAAGGCUCCUUCAUUCAUAGCGGGCAGCCCCAGAGGCUGCUGUGCCUCCAGAAGCGUCUGUACUUUAAUCUCUCCGUGCUGGAGGAAGGUGAGCGCUUGACAAUGGCUCAGCUCGAGAUCAAAUUCAGCCACAACUCCUACCACACCUCCAGCCAGGGGCAGGUUUUUGAGCUGAGGCUCUACCAGACCUCUCAGCUGUCUCUCCGAGGGAUGUCCUCCCACGAGCACAGCCGAAAGCUGCUGGUGGAGCAGUCCUUCGCCCAGCUGCACAAGUCUCUUCUCUUCAACCUGAGCGGGGUGGCCAAGGACUGGAGAACCUACAGCAGGAAUCUGGGCUUGAUCCUGGAGAUCUCCGUGAGCGAUAGGGACGGUGCGACAGCCCUGAUGAGCGAGGGGCUGCAGAGCCUCUGUGCCGGCAUCGACUCCUUCCUGGACACCUCUCUCCUGGUGGUGACCCUCAGCCAGCAGCAGUGCAAGGCUUCCAGGAGGAGGAGAAGCGCUCACCACCCCCCGGUCACUCUGAGCAACCUCUGCAAGCCCCGGCAGCUUUACAUCAGCUUCAGCGACGUUGGCUGGGAGAACUGGAUCAUCGCCCCGCAGGGCUACAUGGCCAAUUACUGCCUGGGCGAGUGCCCCUUCCCCCUGACCGCCGAGCUGAACAGCACCAACCACGCCAUCCUCCAGACCAUGGUGCACUCGCUGGAUCCCGAGGGGACCCCCCAGCCCUGCUGCGUCCCCGUCAGGCUCUCCCCCAUCUCCAUCCUCUACUACGACAACAACGACAACGUGGUGCUGAGGCACUACGAGGACAUGGUGGUGGAUGAGUGCGGCUGCAGAUAGCGGGGAGGUGCGGGGCCGAGGGGGGGAGCGAUUGAUGGAAUAAAUCCAAGUGUGUAAAACCCCUGCUGUGCUGGUGUUCGGGGAGUUUCCCCGUUGGUGCAUCGAGUGGCAGAGCUCCUUGUGCAGCCAGGGAGGAGGUCUGGCACAAAGGGAUCGUUCUUGGACUUGUGAUUGAGUAAGAGCUGGGUGCUUGGCCCUCGCAGCCGCCCUCUGCCAGCGGGGCUGUUACGGGAUUAUGAUCAAGCCUGGCGCUGGUUGCCUGCUCCGUCCUCCGCAGGCGAUGGCAGCACCAGGCUGUGAAUCC